AUGUCCAGACCGAGCUCAAGGGGCUCUGUGACACCGGGGGCGGAGUCCGUGAACAAAUGGAAGAUUCCGCAUUACUAUAGGAGGUCAUCUGGUGCUUCGUCGCACCAAUCUAGUGGGUCAGAGGCCGGUACACCAAUAACGCCGGGUACAAAUAGCAUGAGUAGUCCCAAGAAAGUACUGGUAGAGGACCCCAAGAAAGGUAAGAAAAGGCCUGCUUAUCGUUCAAGAAAAAUAGACAAGAAGAAAGCCGGUGACAUGGUAUUUGUCAAUUAUACAGUGCAGGAUACUGCGUCAGAAGAAAACGCUGUAGAUUCCGCACCUGAAUUGCCACCUACGCCUGCAAUUAGUCAUAAGAAAAAGUCAUCAAGGAGCAGGAUGUUGAAAAUAUUUGGUUCUUCGAAAGAACCAAAUGAAGCCGAUAGUGGAGCUCACCUGGCAGCUUGUCCGGAAAACGAUGGAUUGUACGAGCACGAAAGUGCUCAGAUAUCGACCAAGAGGUCUUGCAGUUCGUUCCUGCGGUACGGUAGAUUUCAUCAUGGGCAUUCUAAGAGAUCAGAGAAUACAGCAGAGGAAGAAGUAGUUCCUAAGUCGAGCCAAAGCCCGAACUUGGUGAAACCGGCUAGCAAUGGCAUCUUCUUUGGUAAUUCAUCGAGGAAAGUUAAGUAUUUGGGUGGCAUGGUGAAAAAUGAGAUAUCAUCACAAGAUUCAAUGAACGGGAAACCGAGUGAUGAGAAUGAUGCUUCUAUAGCGUUUAGCAAAAUGUUCACAAGAAAUGGAGCGAACACGAGCGGGUCCAUGUCUUCGUUAAUUUCUUUGAACCAAAAUUUACAGGAUCAACAAUCUCAAUCGCAUCCAAGUGUGGGGGUUCCGGCGUUGAAGAAGAAUAUGUCGGCAAGCUCCAUCUCUUCUUUAUCGUAUCGUUGUUCUCCUAUUAGAACUGCAUCGCCAGCAAGGCCGCGAUCGGGCACUCGUGGCUCUUACACUGCAAGUUUGCAUAGUGUGAUAGAUACGGAGGAUGCGAAUAAUGCCAUCUUCACAGGUAACGAUACUUACCUAGACUCUCGAGUCGGAAACAGGAACACUUCUGUCCUUAGACAUAAAAAGAAACAGGAUUCCAUAUCAGAUACACAUAGGUUGUACAGCACAUCUGCAUCAGCUUCGACCUUUCUAAACAACAAUAGUAACGCUGUGACCCCAUCGUCAUCAUCCUUGGUCACCCCGCCACCUUUUACUCCAGGAUACUCAUUGCCAUCGAAUACAUCUGCUUCUUCCACUCCCAGUGUUAUGGAAUACGCUCAUAUUAGCCAACCGGCUACGUAUAAUGGCUUGAUCAAUAGCGCAAACUCUUUGGGUCAUCACAGUGCGUUCAAUAUAAAUCAGCCACUAUCGGAGCGCGAUAGCUCUUCUGAAAUCUUAUUUGGGGACUCUGAUAUUCCAACACCUGUUGAUAAUCAGCCAGCGUUGAGAGGCGUUUCCAAAGCUACUCUGGAAGAAGAUGAGGAAAAAGGCCGAAUGGAGCAAGAAGCAAUUUCAAACAAUACGUCUAAGAACAAGAAUCUCUUGGUUCGUCAAAAGGUUGAUAACUUGGAACUCUUGCUACCUCAUGGAAGUAGUACAGGCAGUAGUCAAGGUGGUUCGAUACUAACGAAUUCAACUUCUUCUAUCCCUGAUAGCAGUAUAAUGGGACAUUGGCAGGAUUCGAACUGUUACGCGCUUUUCGAUAGUGGUACAGGUAUCAAAGGUGAGCACAAUGAGAAGAUAUCUUCUGGUAGAACUUUGAGGGUAGCUUCGAGUGCAGACUUGAGAAAUGGUGAUAAUGGAAACAUCAUCAAUACUGGUGCAAUGGAGAAAGACUUCUAUGCUCAGUUUGACUUCGACAAUGCAGCAGCAUUCUUUCAUGAUCAAUCGAAAAUAUUGGCACCGGAGUUUAGUCACGUCGUAGAGCAACCUGCUCGAAACGUAAGCACCCCAAUAGAUGAGCAAGCCUCCGCGGUUACUUCAAUUGCCAACUAUUCCCCAGGGGCUGCGGCCACGAUAUCGAUGGAAGAUACCGCGCACAGAGAUGAUCGCUCCCAUCAUGCCAAUGCCAUGAUGCAUUCGAGUUCAAAUGCAAGUCAAGCGACCGCUGGUAAUUCUACAGGACAAUGGAAAUCCAUUAAUAACGAUUUAGACGCCAUCACUAAUUCUUUAGGUAUGAGCGAUGAGAUAAACGACCUCUCCUUCACAUAA